GUGGCCACCUAUGUGCGGGGUCCUGGCAGGGGACACAGUGCCUGCACACACUUCCUGGUGGGGAAGAGUCAUGUUAUUGUGAGCUGGGAAGUGACAGUCUAUGGCAGGAAAUGUGUAUGUAUGGCUGGCAGGAAGGAAAGGCUGCAAUCACUGGGCUUUCUAAGCAUUGUAUUUGUGCCUGUCAUUGUGUGCUGGCCUUGCCUGAUGACUGCUGGACCCAGACAGGAGUAAGCUGGCUGUGUGAUCUGCAACAGGUGAAAGUCUGUCCUCAGAUCUGAUCCCUGGGGCUCAUGGAUCCUCUGCCAGAGCUGUCACUGUGGCUUUCGGAGCGUGUAGGCUGGUGAGAUCUGUGGGUGCGAUCGCUGCUGCUGCUGUGUUUUGUACGGUUAUCGAUUGUGCGAUUGGAGGGUGUGAAAUCGUACAGCUAGCUUCUAUUCUGUGUUACCCCCCCCCCCAAAAAAAUAGUAUUUUGCUUGGCAACCUGUCUGUGGGUGAGCAGAGGCGUCUGCUAUAGAAAAUUUCAGAUCUGUCGGAUUUUGGAUCGCAUUGCCGUCGGUGGCGGUUGCAAAAAAAAGUUGUUUUGAUUUCCAGAAAGCAAUACUCUAAGCAUCCUAGCCGAGCGGAGGUCUGAGAGUGACCAGAGGUACCUGGCACCAAAAAUUGGAGAUUUGGUGGUCUUUUUUUUUUUUUUUUUUUAGUUAGAUCACACAGUACCUGGUAUCAACGGUUUGCGAGACGUCGGUCUUUCGGAGGUUGGCUCGUAUAGCGAAGUCGUUGUGGUCGUGGUAUAUGCAGAGCGCAGAGGGAAGACUGAGCUGUGGGUCCUUUCCUUUGGGAAGAUGGCUUGAGGAAGCCCCGGGCUGCCUGGAUAUAAGGGGGCAGGUGACAGGGGAUGGACGGCGAAUCGGAACUUGCCAACACCAGCUCGGCGGCCUCCAGCGCCUCAGAACAGGCCCCCGAACCUGACCGAUCUGUCAUCGCCCGGAGACACAGCGUCAAGACCUUCAGCGGGCUCCGCUUCUUCAGACGCAGAAAAGCCAUUGCCAAAUCUGGAGCCCAGCACCUCACAACGUCCUCCAGUGUCCUGCACGCCGAAGCACAGGAAUCGCAAAUACGCAGCACCGUUGACUGGGGUGAGUCUGCUUUGUACGGUGACCACCUCUGGUUCGAAACCAAUGUAUCCGGAGAUUUUUGUUACGUGGGAGAGCAGAACUGCACAGCUAAGAUACAGCAAAAGUCAGCAACACGGCGAAAAUGCGCUGCAUGUAAGAUCGUGGUUCACACUCCCUGCAUUGAGCAGCUAGAAAAGAUAAAUUUCCGAUGCAAGCCAUCAUUUCGGGAGUCCGGGUCCCGCAACAUACGGGAGCCUGUAAUUGUUCGGCAUCACUGGGUUCAUCGGAGGCGGCAAGCAGGGAAGUGCCGGCAGUGUGGGAAGGGGUUUCAACAGAAGUUUGCAUUUCACAGCAAAGAGAUUGUUGCAAUCAGCUGCUCAUGGUGCAAAUUGGCGUACCACAACAAGGUGUCAUGCUUCAUGCUGCAUCACAUAGAAGAACCGUGUUCCUUAGGCGCUCAUGCUGGUGUCAUAGUCCCACCCACCUGGAUUGUCCGAGUGCGUCGGCCGCAGAGUUCAAUCAAGUCCAGCAAGAAGAAAAAGAGACCCUCAUUCAAGAGAAAACCUAGCAAGAAAGGCACAGAGGAGCUGAGGAUACGACCGUUCAUCAUCAGACCCGCUCCGUGCCCGCUUAUGAAGCCUUUACUCGUUUUUGUGAACCCUAAGAGUGGAGGAAAUCAGGGAGUAAAGAUCCUUCAGUCCUUUAUGUGGUAUCUGAAUCCACGGCAAGUGUUUGAUCUUUGUCAAGGUGGACCAAGAGAAGCGUUGGAGAUGUAUCGGAAGGUUCCAUCAUUGCGUAUCCUUGCUUGCGGGGGUGAUGGCACCGUGGGAUGGAUCCUUUCUGUACUGGAUCAGCUGCAUCUUUUCCCUUCUCCGCCUGUCGCUAUACUGCCCCUAGGAACAGGCAAUGACCUCGCCAGAACUCUUAACUGGGGUGGGGGUUAUACUGACGAGCCACUUUCUAAGAUCCUAUCCCACAUAGAGGAGGGAACUGUGGUCCAGCUGGAUCGGUGGAACCUGGAAGUGGAGAGAAACCUUGAGGCCAGUGAUGAGGAUUGGGGAGAAGGAGCAACCGCUAAACUGCCUCUGGAUGUGUUCAAUAAUUAUUUCAGCCUGGGAUUUGAUGCUCGAGUCACACUGGAAUUCCAUGAGUCCCGAGAGGCAAACCCAGAAAAGUUCAACAGUCGUUUUCGCAAUAAGAUGUUCUAUGCUGGGACUGCAUUCUCCGACUUUCUAACUGGCAGCUCCAGAGAUUUGGCCAAACACAUCCGAGUUGAGUGUGAUGGCCAGGACCUGACAGCUAAAAUUCAGGAGCUGAAGUUACAAUGCUUGGUGUUUCUAAACAUCCCUCGGUAUUGUGCAGGCACCAUGCCAUGGGGAAAUCCUGGGGAGCACCAUGACUUUGAACCUCAGAGACACGAUGAUGGAUGUAUCGAAGUGAUCGGCUUCACUAUGGCAUCACUGGCAGCUCUGCAGGUUGGAGGUCACGGUGAGCGCUUGAACCAGUGUCGUGAGGUUCUUCUGCAGACGUUUAAAUCUAUUCCCAUGCAGGUGGAUGGUGAACCGUGCAAACUAGGACCCUCUGUAGUAAAGAUUAGUCUUCGUAACCAGGCCAACCUUAUCCAGAAGACAAAGAGGAGGACAUCUGUCCAUCUGCCUUAUCAGCAGCUGGUCCCUGACAGAUUGCGCCUUCGUGUUAGUCGCAUCUCCAUGCAUGACUAUGAGGCUUUGCACUAUGACAAGGAGAAGCUGAAAGAAGCCUCUCUCCCACUGGGAGUUAUUGUGGUUCCUGGAGACAGCGAUCUUGAGACGUGUCGGAUCCACAUACAGCAGCUGCAGGAGGACUUUCCUGCGUACCCCACAAUAUUACAGCGUCUCGACCUAAAGGAGGAUGGAACAAGCAAACCUCAAAUUGUCUCGUCACAAAAGCUGUCCCCGAAAUGGUGCUUCUUGGAUUCCACCACUGCUGACCGGUUCUAUAGGAUUGAUAGAGCUCAGGAGCACCUGAACUACGUGCUGGAAAUCUGCCAGGAUGAGUUGUAUGUUUUGGACCCGGAGCUGAUCAUUACCCAGUCUGUAGGCACUUCCCCAGCACUGCCCAAUUCUAAAGACCAGCCGACCAAUACCAACCCACACUUCCAGUUCCCGAUGCUCCCGCCAUCAUCUCCUCCUGAAUCCCCCGAACUUACGGAGCCUCAUAAUGGAUUUCCGCAUGCAGGCAGGAUGUGUAUCAACAGCUCUGUGACCAAGAAAGGAGACACGUGCAAGCAGAGGACAGAAAAUGACAUCUCCGACUACCAGCCAGAUGAAGCUUUACUGGAAUCUGCAAAAAAUCAUGAUUUUGAAAAGUUUCGGGAGGCUCACCGUGCUGGGGGUAACUUGGCACAGCGAGACACUGAUGGCUACACACUAUUACAUCACGCUGUGAAUGUUGGAAGUAAGGAGAUCGUCAAGUACCUCAUUGAGCAUGCUCCGUCUGAAAUCCUGGAUGUUGCAGAGCUCAAGAAUGGUGAGACUAGUUUGCACCUUGCGGCAUCCUUACGUCAGCGGACCAUCUGUCAUUAUAUAGUGGAGGCCGGAGCAUCGCUCAUGAAGACAGACUUACAGGGGGACACCCCAAAAAGCCGAGCUGAGAAGGCCAAGGACCCUGAACUUGCUGCCUACCUGGAGAAUAGACAGCACUACCAAAUGAUCCAGAGGGAAGACCAGGAAACAGCUGUGUGAUGGGAAACCUGAACCCCACAAUAAAGACUUACUUCAUAGAGACAGUCCUAACCUUCCAGGUUCCCUUAAUGUCGGCAGAACUGCACCUUUUUUUCCUUUUUCCUUUUCCCCUUACAGAGAAGCCUUACUGUACAUUUCCUCAAAUCCCCACCAACUGUACAUGACACCUUCUAGGACUACUGGAUAAGAGUUUGGCCUUUCCUCUGCUGGAAGUUGGUCAUCUUUGCGAACCAUAAUGGGAAAUAUCCCCCAACCUCACAAAGCAAAUUUCAAGCUCAUCGUCCCCUAAAAAUGUGUUUCUUUGUUAAUAGGCCUCUUGCCAACAUGCUUCCAUUUUCGAUACCUACUCCUUCUCAGUGACCUACUCACUGUGCUUACCCCUCUAUAUUAGCUAUAUUUUUGUAUCCGUUUAUUUAGAUGCCCCCGAAUAUUUAAUAACAGGUGUUGUACUGUCCUCCAUUUUGUUUUUGUUCAUGUGACUUGACUUGUGCUAACCCUCUAUUCUCAGAUCCCUUAGGGCACAAGACUUGUCAUGUUCUUGCACAUUUAGUCUUGGCAAUUGGGGCUAGUUUACAUGUGGUCUUUUUAUGAUGAUGUCUGAAUUACGGUUGCAGUCAUCAAAAUGUUUUAUGUAUAAUAUUUUUUUAAAUCCUCAUUGUGGAG